AUGGGAACAGAUUACGCCCUGCUAAAACGGAGCACAUUAAAGGAGCUGCUGGAAGCAAGAGGAGCAAUCGCCAGUAACAAGGCAAAUGCUGUCCUAAUUACGGAGCUCAUGGAAGGAGACAGAGCCGCAGCUGCUGCAGCACCUCAAAUGGAGGGACAAACCAACGAAUUUACAGCGGAAUUCCGAGCACGGAUGGCUUUAUUUCCUGAACCACCAUCUACAGAGAUGAUUAACCGGCUGUUCGCUGAUGUACAGGA